AUGUCCAUCGUCGAGGACGAGGAGGCGGCGGCGGACGGCGCCGAGGUCCUGUCGGCGCUCGGGGACCUCGUCGAGAAGAAGGGCGGCGACCGCGAGGCCGUCGUCGACGGUUGGGCCGUGCGCGCGCGCGUGCGGCCCGGCGACGGCCGCGUCGAGCACGUCUACGUCGACCCCGCCGGGAAGCGGCACCGGUCGCGCAACGAGGUGCUCCGGUGCCUCGGCCUCCUCGCGCCGACGCCGGCGAAGCGCGCGCGCGACGAGGCCGCGGGCGCUCCCGAGGCCGCCGGCGACCCCGCGCCGCCCGCGGCCCCGCCGCCGGAGAAGCGGCCGCGCGCGAAGAACCCGGACAUCGACCUCGCGGCCUUUGGGUGGGCGCCGCCGCCGCCGCCGGACUUCGCGGGCAUGCUCGAGCGCCUCCGCGCCGUCGACGUGCCGCGGACGUUGGCGCGGCAGAACAUCAUCGGCGAGGCCGACGCGUCCGCGGGUGUGCGGUCCGCGUGCGUCGGCGUCGUCGCCGCGCGGAGCCACGGCGUCAUGGCGAGCUCCUUUUCGCGGUCGCGGCCCGGCCUCACGCGCGAGCUCGUGCGCUUCGGCAAAGCGCACCUGCCCGCCGGCUUCAAGUUCACGUCGAUCCAGCUCAACCACAACUUCUCGAGCGAGCUCCACGUCGACGAUUACAACGCGGGGCCGUCCUACAUCUGCGGCCUGGGGACCUACUCGGGGGGCGAGCUCUGGACGCUGGAGCACGGGCCCCUGGACUGCAAGCAAAGCUUCCGGCCCUACGACGGCACGGAGCCCCACGCGACGCUCCCCUUCGCCGGCACGCGCUACACGCUCAUCUUCUUCUGCCACCAGACGCACCCCCACCUGCGCGAGGAGGACCGGGCCUACCUCCUGGAGUUGGGGUUCCCCCUGCCGGGGAGGCAGGAGUGCCUCCGGCGGCGGACGGGCCGCUUCGGCUUCGCGAGCGGGAGAAAUCUGAGCUACGAGGCGCCGAAGCGCGUCAAGACCGCCGCGGGUCUCGAGGCCUUCGCGGCCCACCUCCGGGGCGCGUCCGUCGAGGCCGCGCGCGCCGCGGGCGACGCCUGCUACGAGGCCUGGCGCCUCGAGGACGCGCGCGAGGCGACGCCGGACCAGCGCGCGAUCCAGGGCCGCGUCUUCGAGGACGAGGGCACGCGCUGGCGCGUGCGCGACGCGGACCGCCGCGGCGUCUACUACGACCUCGAGCUCAAGCGGCUGUGCGUCGAGUACUACGACUUCGACGCGCACGGCUACGACGACCCGGGCUCGGGCGACGACGUCGUCGAGUUCACGCCCUACGACGAGUUCGUCACCUUCGCGACCUGGGCCGCGGACGACGCCAUGGACUACCUCCUCGACCUCGACAAGGACGCGGCGAAGAACGCCGCGGCGGCGGCCAAGGCCGCCCUGUCGAAGCAGAAACGCGGGUGA